AUGUUCCCUCAGCAGCAGCAUUUCCAGCAGCAGCUGGUACAGCUCCACCAGCUCAUUCGGCAGCAGCGGCAGCACCAACACCCUCCUCCCCCCCCGCCCCCUCCCCAGCAGCCGCCUGGCCAGGCGGGCCCCGUCCGCCUGCAACAGCAACACCAUCACCACCAACAACAACAGCAGCAGCAGCAGCAAGUCCUACAUCCAGCUAAUCAGGGAACAAUCCUUAAUCCUAAUUCUAUGUUGCAGAGAGCCUUGUUAAUUCAGCAGAUGCAAGGCAGUUUUUGUGGCUACAGCAUGACCACAACAGGCAUCCAGCCAUUUUUCUCACCAGCAACCAGAGCAUCAAUCCUUGGACCUGCCCCGCUCGGCAUCCAGAUGCAGCCACCUCAUCCCAUUGGAUUUGGGAACCACAUCUUCCAGCAGCAGAGCCGAGCAAUCAACAAAGAGUUUAGGAGAAUGCAGGAUCUCCGGAGGGAGCGUUUUCAUUACAAGGAUCAAUCACGGACAAAAGUCAAUGAAACAGCGAAAACAGGCACAAAAACGGGCACAGGUGAAACCAACACAGACUCCACAGCACAAGAGAAAACAGAUAACAAACCUGCUGACCCUGAAAAUGCAUCUAAUUCAAUACCUCUGGAAACUGAAGGUGUUUCGAAAGCUGUAGAUGAGCCACAAGUAAAAAGGAGAAGACUUGGAAGCGGGGAAAGUGAUAAUCCUGAACACUCUGAUGCUGCUGACCCAGUGACUUCAAACAUCACAGCACCAGAAGAGGAUGUGAGCAAUGAGCCGCAAGGUGAAGAAACCAAUGAACGUGAAAACUGUGGGACUUCAGAAAAUGUAGAGCAAAAUACUGAGGUGCUGAACACAGUCAGUACACUGAAAGUAACAAUCCAGCAGAGUAGUGAGAGCCGAGCUAUCAGUACAUCAGCACCAGACUCCGGGGCCAAGGGCAGCGAGGAGACUGUGGAGGAUCUGAAGUCUCUCUCGGACAAAUUCAUCUGUUACAUCUGCAACUCCAACUGCCACAAUCAACAGAACUUUCAGAACCACAUGAAUGGGACACGACACCAUCAACGGCUGCUUGAAAUUCAGCAAAUGAGUAUUGCGUGUCUGGGUCCUGAGGAGGGAAAAGCACAGAACAAAGGUGUAGACAAAGAUAGUGACAACAAGCAGCAGAGAUGGUGCAGCACCUGUCAGGCCCAUUUCAGAGGGAAUGUCAUUGAACACCGCAGGACACGGAGACACAAACUUGCAAAGUACUCUCUACGGCCUUUCUGCACCGUCUGCAGCCGAUACUUCAAAACCCCUCGCAAGUUUGUGGAGCACAUGAAGUCAUCCGAGCACAAGCAGAAAGUGGUAGAGGUCAAGCUACAGCGAAGUGCCCAAGAGCAGGCUGGACCAGAUGACCCAGAGGACAUGAUCACUGUUGAUGCUGUUGGCUGUUUUGAUGAAGAUGAUGAAGAUGGGAUGAGUGAAGCGGAGUGUGAGAGCCUAUCUGAUUGUUUAAGUGAAAGGGAAUCUCAGCAGGCCUCGCUGUCAGAUUUUGAGAAAGAACCACAUGAUUCGGAGGCUGUGUAUGGCCAGGAAUUUGUGGUCCCUGUGACCGGUUUCCUCUGCAAGUUGUGUCACAAAUUCUACCAUUCAGAGUCCACUGCCAGGUUUACCCACUGCAAGUCACUGAUGCAUUUUCAGAACCUUCAGAAUUACAAAGAACAAAGAAGCCAAGAAAGUUUGCUGACAUCCGGUCAAGAGCCAACUGCUUCUGGGAUGAGCGGUCAAGUGUCUGCAGAUGAUUUGAAGCCAACAGGUGGUAAGCAAAAGGAGGCUGAUCAAACAUCUCAGAGCCCCAAUAUGAGCAAGCUUGAGACCAAGGGGAUGAAUCCCAAGCCUGAGGUGACACAAUCCGCUCAGACCGUCAGUCCUAAUGUCAGUGCUGGAAGCAAGGAAGACGUCACAACUAGCCACUCAGAGGACGCCAAGCCAGCGAACUCGAGCCAUGAAGAUAUCGAUGAAGAUAUUGAUCUGGGGGUUUAGAUGGCAGUUCAGAGUUAGCUGAUGAAGAGAUGGAUGACUCUUUGUUGUACGAUGAAACAGCAGUGACUCCAGUUGAAUUGAAGAACACGCGUCCGCUCGCUGAGCCCAACACACGUGAACUGAACGCCGCUCCUGGGAGUCCAGUGACGGGUGAAGCCAACAAGCACGAAGAGCUCGAGCCGAGCUCCAAGAAAAUUGAAAAGUGCAGUGAAAAAGAGGAUGGUCAGGUAGGACAGCUGAGCAGAGGAGUGGAAAAGCAGUACGAGGAGCCCGAAGUGAAAAGUGAAGAAAAUGAUGACGACCUGGAUAGCAGCCCACCAAAAACCAGAUAUGGGAGAGCAGUCAAAGGCCGUCGCUGCUCUUUACGAAGGAAGAAUAAAUAAAUAAAAAUCCAACGGCGUUCUAGAGUAACGAAACAGUGCGGGGGGGGUGGGGUCUGGUUGAAUCUGGUUCACUCGCCAUGAAUGAGGUACAUGUGUGUCCCUGUUAGAUCGAUCCAUGGUGAGUGAGAGCUAGUUAUGUAUUUUCUCUCACCCAUGUGAGGAAGAAUUAUGUGCGAGUCUGUUGAUAACUAAUUGUAGUGUCCUAACACAGUCUUUUUUUUUUGGAUUCACUUGUAGCUGAAGUAGACAGGGACAAAGAGGAGUUUUAAGUUGGAGGUGGCCUGUAUCCAAAGAUUUCACGAAAUGUGAUUCACUCCGAACCAGACUGCACCAUCCCCCUGCAUUUUAUUUUAUGAAUGUGAUAUCGUUAAUGAUGUGCUAUGUAUUUACACCAGGGUGGCCCAACCUGUUUGAGCACUUCCCGUUUUACCUCUGGGACCAGGGAUGCUAAGUGAAAUCAAUUGGGACGCUCAGUUCAGGCAGAAAGUUGCUUUCAGAUACAGCUAAAUUUGCAGUCUGUGUCCACAGUGGGAGAAAGUGAAAGGUUUGAUGCAUUAAGGGGUUGCUUUUGAAUUUGGUAUUUUAGGUAUCGUGUGAUGUUAGUUUUAGUGGAACUGUUUGUUGCAUCUGACCUUGGACCUGCUUUUGUUACUGGCUGUAAAGUAGAAAACUUACAGAACCUAAAAUAAGUGCUACCAUUAAGAACUGCUCUCUACAUCUCCCUGGUACAGCCCUAAAAAUUACUUGAUGCAUGUUGCACACUUGACGGUAAAGGAUUUUCUUUCCGGAGGCAAUGUGUGGACCAGAUUUAUUUUUUAAGAAAGUAAUUUACCAUAAUAUUAGGGCACCAAAACUCACCAAAACAAACACCCAUAUACAGGCCUUUAAUUUUAUACAUGGGGCUGGGAUUGAGGCUCAGGGCUGCAUGCAGCCCCCGGCAUUGAUGGCAGAAAUUUGUACUCGGUACAUGACUUUUGUGAAACAGUUUCAACUUUUAUUUUACUCGCCUGGGAUGCUGUGGGCUGUGCUGGUUCACUGUUACCAUCGUAGCCCUCGUUCCAGUGACACUCAACAAUGUCCUUUAAAAGCCCUUCCCACAACCACUCGUAUUGUAGUAGAUUGAUCGAACACAGACUUAUUUAGACUCGUGCGAAUGUUGAGGGGGCCACUUCCUGCCACAGCUUGGCUACCACUGAGGCGUCUCAACGACGUGACAAGGUGCUCUGUCAAAUGCAAGAAUUAUUAUCAUUAUUACCAUUGGUGGUAAUCGUCAAAAUCACCCAGCAGCUUGGAACAUACUGACAUUCAACCUCUACAGGUCUGAGUUCCCUCACUGUGUAACCCAGCACUGUGUCCUGGGGUUUUGUGUACUGCAUCUUAAGUUUGAAACUUUGGGCCCCUCUGCUGUUUACCUCAUUUCAAAAGUACUUAGGUACUGGGCAGCUGGUGACUAAUUUAGCUUCUGUAGAGUACUAAACUGUUAAGAAGUUCAACUUACAGCCCUCAAAUUUAAACUGCAGCAUGCUAAAUAAUGCCUGCUGCACCCAUAGCAGCAAAUCUGCCCCUCCUGUUCUCACGGACAUACUUUAGUGACUAAGCGGGGCUUAAAAAAUCAACUGGAAUGUGCUAAUCCUUGCAUUGGCUGAGUCAUCAACUACUGAUUCAUUAUUGAGUAAAUCCUUUUUGCCCUUUGAGAUUUUGGCAUUUAUUUCUUGAUAUAUUCCCCCUUCCAGGCUCUGCUUAGUUCCCAGUACAAAUUCAGCCUUCAGGUUUCACUUUUUUAUAGAGUCCCACAGAAUUUGUUGAACUUCGCUGCCUGGUGGUUUACAAGAUCGUAUUCUAGGUUCUUAACUUUCAAUUAGCCAUGGUUUGCCAUUUUCAUUUGACCAAAUAGAAGUCACAAAUUCCCACUUUAAUUGUGUACAGCUUUAAUUAAAUAUAGUUUUCUCCCAUUUUAAUAAUCUGCAAUCUGAAGCAAAUACAUGUAUCGGAGUCCCUUCGCCUUGCCCUUUCCCACGCCUUCAAGGUCCUUCUUUGACCGUGCCUUCGGUCAUCUUUUGCCCCAAAUCCAACCCACAGCUCAGUGCAAACCCUCAUUUGUCCAGCGUCAUUGGGACAUCCUCCCGACAUAAAGAACAAAAUAUAAAUGUCAUUUGUGAUAUAUUGCAGUCUGAUUUAAGCAGCCAACAAAUAUUUUGUCUGACCAGGUUCAGGAUCUUGAGAUUUUAUUGGACUGAUAAUUCAUCACAGAUUGUUUUAGAUGGGGUUAACGUGCUCUUGGCUAGGAAAGGAAUGCUCCUAUCUAAAUCACAUUUAUCAACACCUACUGUAACAAGAGGCAUUAAAAGAAAGGUUAUUGUUGGCCAAAUUUGAUAUAAUUCAGUGUGGGAUUGGAUGGGGUAAAGAGAGAAAUUCUAUGUAAAUAUUUAACUUAUUGUGUAUUUUUGCCCAACCAACACCACAUAGACUCUCACCUCCAUGUACCCUCUUGCCUAGGAAGGCACGGCUCU